AUGGCAAGGCCUGCUAGCGAGGAACAACAUUUUGUCGAAAUGCUUAAUUAUAUAAGCGACAAGAGCGAGACGCCCUUAAACGUUAAAACGUCUAUUAAGAAUUGUUCCGCGAAGGACGAUGGUUCUUUUAUUGAGAACAAUGUUUUGGAGGACGACGACUCAUCGAUAAUCUCCAAUGCUUCGUACUGCUCUUACUCUGCAGACUCUUCGUUCGUCUCUUAUUUUAUCCAAUUGGAAAAUGAAUCUUCUUUCUCAGAGUUGGACGAUACCGAGGACGAUAUCGAUAAUUUCUUGGAUAAGAGUGACGAUUCGUUGGACAGCUGGUGCAUGAUUCCAUCCAACAGCGAUUACGUUAAUACAAGCAGCAACGACGAAGGGAACACUAACUCUUAUCUCAGCGAUAGUUCGAGUCCGGAAAGUUCCUUCUUCUUGGAUUCGACGUCCACGUCUGGAAACGAUUCGAGUAUCGCGUCGUCGGACGACGAAUACUUCGACGAUUAACAUUUUGUUUUUUGAAAGUGAUCAAGUUGAAAUAUUUUUUUUUUUUGUCAAAUAUUGUUUAA